CUCUGACGUUUUGGUUUUCCCUAUGCACAUAGGGCCAUUAAAGCGUGAACCCACUGGUACAUGUAACACUUGUAAAUUAUCCCAGCACCAAAAUGUUCGGGCACCUGUCGAUCUCCGUGGCGUUUCUGCUGAUAGUAGGUGCAAGUCCAGUAAAGGCAGACAAUCAUGGAAAGUGUGUCAUGUACGGACAAUGUAAACAAACUCCUAGAGGGGCACUUCCCUGUACCAACAGUGACCCCGCGAGAACUCUUCAAGACCCCAAAGCUCUGCAGAUUUUGAAAGACUUAUGCCCGGAUCUGUAUGCAGGUGGUAACACAAAGACCUGUUGUGAUGCAAACCAGCUGGAAAGCAUGAACAAAAAUAUAGGACUCAUCAAGCAGAUUUUCUCUAGAUGCCCUUCUUGUCUACACAAUUUUAUGAACAUGUUUUGUCAAAUGACAUGCAGUCCAACACAAAGCACGUUUCUCAAAGUCACCAGUAAUGACAGUCGAUCAGUGCGCUCCUUGGAUUACGUCAUAUCACGUGAUUUUACCUACGGAAUGUUUAAUUCUUGCAGAAAUGUCAAAUUACCUAGUGCAGGCGAUAAAGCUUUAUCAGUUGUUUGUGGCAGAUCAGCCAAGUAUUGCACACCAGAAAGUCUUCUAAACUAUCUUGGUUCUACGUCAAAUGGUAACACACCAUUCGAUAUUUCGUUCACCAUAUCGAACAAGAAUGUAACGAUUGGAAAAGAGGUUUAUCAUCCAAUGAACGAAACAACAUCACGCUGUUUAGAUACGUGUUCCAAGACAGACUGUGGCGUCCCUAAGCUACCCGAACCACUUCCCUGCCCAGGUGGUUCGUGUUUUAAAGGACAUAUAAGGCCAAUUUACAGACAAGAGCAGGUCGUUAUAACUCGCCCAAAGAACCACACUGUCGUCAAGCAUUUUUUACCCCCUCCGUCAAAUGACAUUGUCAAUUACACGUCAUUGUUUGACAAGGAGUUUCUGCAUCUUCUUGUAGAUUUUCAAGACAUGAUAAAAAAGUUAUCUGUGAAAUAUGAAAAUCAACUUAUCCGGUUGGAGGAUAUUUGUUACAGACCAACAGGCCAAGCCUGCGCUGAAAUUAGUGUCCUUGAAUACUGGCAAAAUAACCACACAGCUAUAGACAAGAUCAAAAUGGGUGACUUUGGAUUUUUCACCAUAGCAAACUACCUGGAUCAUCUAACAAAAUGUUCUUCAUAUCCCCAGGCGUAUGAUGGCACACUGAACAUUUCCUGUGUUUCCACGUCAAAUCAAACCAUAUACCCCAACAUGGUCUUCGCUGGUUAUGGAGGAGAAAAUGAAGUGGAAUAUUACAAUAACACCAUUGCUUUUGUCACUACGUUUCUGGUGCAGAAUUACCAGGAUGAUCGCAUGAAUGCCGUAGCUCGUGCAUGGGAAGCAGGGUUCAGAGAAUUUGUGGAGACCUUCCCUAAAACCAACAUGACAGCUUCGGUUCAUACCCCUACCUUUUAAUGAAUAGCGAUGUACAUUCAUUCUAAGACUAUAAGAUACAUGUAUCCCUCUCUUUGAUACAUAAAAUUGCAUAAACAGUCAUACAGAUAUUGAAUAUUUACAUUUCAUAGCAUGAGUUUUAUAUUUUCUACAUAAGAAUUAUAUGUACAUAGAUGGUUGGAAAAAAUAGUGAUAUGAGCUAGGUUAUACCGUCAAGAUUGUCGAGCUAUUAUUAAAGGAUGUUUUUGCAUACAAAACAAAAUGGUGUGCAUCUUCUAAGAGUCCACAUGAACACUUAGAGUCUGCAAUAAUAUUAUGUCUGUGUAAAUUAUAUGGGCUGCAAUAACAUUACAUCUUUGCUAAUCAUAA